AUGAAUUCCUUCCUCGUCUUCGCUCUGUUCGCGAACUCCGCUUCUGCCCUCUACAACUACUGUACUACUACGGGAACUUCCUGCACGACCAGUGGCACCUGUUCUGCCGGAUACAGUUGCCUGUUCCGUGACUCGAUCAACAAGGUCUGCUGCCCGACCGCUUAUCGAUCAUGCGCCAACUUGGUGGCUGCGAGCACGGGUGUAUCAACCUGUGCUGGCCAGUCUACCUACUGUAGCAACACCUACUACGUCGGGUUGAUGCAGCAGCAGUGCCCAUACACUUGUGGAUACUGUAGCUCGGGUACCAUCUCUACCACCUCGUGCGUCGAUCUGACCAACCCUUCCACUGGUGUCUCCGAUUGCCCAUCUCGUGCGUACCUGUGUACAAACCCGAGCUACCUCACCUUGAUGCAAACUCAGUGCCGCAGGACAUGCGGAUAUUGCUCGGGA